CUUUAAUUUUGACACGGCCGACGCGUCAUGAGUCAUUUCUCAAGUGAGUCUGAAAAGUAUAUCUCUGCUGCCCCCUACAGGCAAAAGAGCAGCUACUACGAGUUUUCCUCGUGUUCAAUGUGACAGCCCUACUUUGGAUUGUUUUUUUCCCCCUGUUGGUUGCGUCCCCCACUCCUCCCCUUUAACUCAACAUGUUUGUGUCUUAUAAUUUCAGAAUCUUCUUUUUACAAUAACAAAUAAAAAAGAAGAGUGAGAAUCCCAUGACCUCUGCGGUUCCACAUGGCAACCACAGGAGAUCCCAGAAAGUUGCUAUGGAUUUACCUCUGGACCAAAACAAUAUUCUACGUCUAUUAUUUCCUUUACAGAUCCUUUAUUGAAGAAAGACAAAAACGGUGGUGGUGAAUAUGUCACGGAAUAAACAAUUUGAGGACCACAAGAUGAUAUAAAGCUCCAGGAGAACCUCCCCUUCGGGUCACCUUUUAUAAAUGGAAGAAAGCCCAACUCACUCGAACACGGUUUUGACUGAGGCCACGUCCCUCCCGCUCUUCCGAAAACAGCUUUAUUUCACAUUGUGCACCGUCAUGGCCGCCAACACAUCCUGGCCGACGCCGGCGAACGCGACGGCGCGGGACAACGGGACAAGCAAAGCUUUCAGCGUGUUCGACGGCUGCGACUCGCAAGUGGAGGGCAUCCUUUUCGAUCUGACGCUGCAGUGCAUCAACGUGGUGGUGGGCAUCCCCGCCAACUUGCUGGUCAUCGCCAUUCUGGCGCGCAACCGCAAGGAGCCGUCCACAUCCGACAUCUACCUGGGCUCGCUGGCCUUCAUGGACGCCUACUUCGGUUCCAUGACGCCCGUCAGCUUCCUCAACCUCUACCACUGGCAGAGCAAGGAGGUGUGGUCCGCUCUCAAGUUCUCCUACGGGGUGAAGGACACCAGCGGGCCUCUGUUCCUCUCCUGCAUCUGCCUGGAUCGCUUUUUGGCCGUCGUCUUCCCGCUGGCGUUCGGCCGGCUCAAGCGCGUCGAGUACCGGCUGAGUCUGUCCGCGUUGGUCUUCGGCCUCACUUUCGCCUACUCCGCCGCCAAGGUGGUGGGCGGCCUUCCCGACUUCGAGAAGGUGUUCACCGGCGAGAUCCUGGCCACGUUCACCUGGAUGGUGGUGUGCAACGCCAGCAUCCUGUGGGCUCUGAAGAAGUCGGGCGGCGUCGGGAAGGACGACAUGCGGCCCAUGAAGAGGAAGGCGUUUAAGAUCGUGCUGUCCAUCCUUUGCAUCAUCGUCGUCAACUACCUGCCGCCCGUGGCCCUGUUCCCCUUCGAGGACUACUACUCGCCCGAUGUUUUCCGCUGCUACGUGCAGCCCGUCGGCUUUGCCUUCCUCAACAUCAGCAGCACCAUCCAGCCUCUGGUCUACCUGUCUCGCCUGGACAAGGUCCCCUUCCUGUCAGACGCCUGUGCUCGCAAGUGGUGCCCCCGCAUCGCCGAGAAGAAAGAGAAAAUAACACCCGCGCGAGAGCCAUCUGGCUAGGGAAGAACGCUUUCAAGUAGGGCCCUCGUUUUCUCGCUUUGAACUCACCUAUACAGAGGAUUUAAAGUCUACACACCCCUGAUCAAAUGCCAGUUUUUGGGGAUAGAAAAAAAAUGGGGCCAAGAUGAAAAAUAAAAAAAACUUUUAAACACUCCUGUUUGUGUCAGAAACUGUCGAAGAGUGCACUAGGUAAGCAAAGCUGCAUUGUAUUUUGUGCGUAAAAUGUGUUUUGAGAAGUUACAUCUCUCCAAUAAAAGACCAUUCGAUACUCAUC